UGCCUUCAUUCCUUAUUUUCCGUGAUGAUAUCAUGACUCCGUAGCCCUGCAGCUUGGGGUUUAGAGAGAUUGAGCCAUCGAGUUACAGAGCGGGGGAGAAGGCUAUCCAGUCUCCCAGCUGCAUGCUCUCUAAUAACCAAAGCCUCGGUGAAGAGAGGAGAGGGAGAGGGAGGGGGACUCGAUAGGGAGGCAAUGAAACGGACUCAUCCGCGUAACUAGACACUACCAGUCCAGUUCAGUGUUCAGAGCAUGCGAGAGCGUAGCUAGACCAACCGCAUUCAGUUAUAUCUACAAAGGAAUAGAGAGGGAGAAAAUUGAAGUGUUCCAGCCUAGGGAGGCGGCGAGGAAAGGAGCAAGACAUAGGCUACUGGCGGCUUUCGAGCGUCACGGGCAUAUACACCCCGUGUCCAGAAUUUACGGCCAUUCUUGGCAUCAGCCUGUUGUACAAAAUUGCGGAUUUAUAACUGAGUGAAUUCGGGGAUAGUCAUCGACAGUCCUAUCCUUCACAAUGAAGAAAAACAAUUCAGCUAAACGGGGCCCGCAGGACACAAACCAGCACAACACGCAGCCAGACAAAAUCGGUUGGAUUCGCAAGUUCUGUGGCAAAGGGAUAUUUAGGGAGAUCUGGAAAAAUCGUUUUGUAAUACUCAAAGGGGACCAACUUUACAUCUCAGAGAAAGAGGUGAAGGAUGAGAAGAAGAUCCAGGAGGUGGUUGACCUGACGGAUUACGAGCGUUCUGAGGAGCUCCGCAAGGCCAAGAGCCGCAGCAAGAAGAACCACAGCAAGUUCACCCUGCUGCGCUCCAGAACCCCAGGCAACACGGUCCCUAACCUGGUGUUCCUGGCUGUUAGUCCAGAGGAGAAGGAGUCCUGGAUAAACGCCUUAAAUGGAGCAAUCACCAGAUCCAAGAACAGCAUCCUGGAUGAGGUCAUGGUUGAGGAUGAAAACCUUCUGUCCCAUCUCACACGGGACAGGGCUAAGAUCCCUCACACACGGCGCCUGCCUACACGAGGACACAUCAUGGCUGUGGCCUCCACUUCUACCUCUGACGGCAUGUUGACCCUUGACCUGAUCCAGGAGGAGGACAGCCCCAGCACAGAUGGCCAGGACACCUGUGACAAGAGCUUCCGGGCCAACCUGGACAAAUCCACUCAGCUCGACUGCCUCAGGUCCAAAACAGAGGGUGCCAUCAGUAGCAUCUGUCUAACACCUCCCACAGAGGUCACUGGGAAGUCCCAGAGCCUGCCGCGCGAUACCGGGGUCACCUGGGACGAUAAACAGCAACUUCAGAUGGGGAAGUCCUGCACUCCUCAGCCAGGCAAGAGGCUCACACCGGCCGAGAAAAGCCGCUGCGCCUCCAUGGACGAGAUCCUCUCACACUCCGGGACACAGGCCACCAAACCCAGGACAUCCAUCCCCCGCUCUGCCACCUCUGCCCCCCCGGGCAACCUGCCGCCCAUCAGCCAGCUGCAGGACCUAAUCGCUCAGAAGCUGGAGAGAACUCAGGAGCUGCUGAUGCAGGUGCAGGGGGCGAAGGGGGAGGAGGUGGAGCGGGGGAAGGGGAAAGGGAAGGACUCGCCAGGUUCCAAGGGCUCCAAGGGUUCCUCGGACGGGGCCCGGGCGGAGGCAGAGAGGCUGCUGAAGGAGGCAGCGUCCACAUGGGGUCAGGCCAAGGAUGUUCUAGAGGAGGUGAAGGAGCUGAGGGCGCUCUACCGUCAGCUGGACUCGCUGCCCACCACCCCUGCCUCCCUCUCACCCCUCACACCCUCCAACAGCGGCAAGCAGACUGACUACAGGAAGAGCAUGAUGUGACCGUCAGAGAACUCAACACAGACUGGACUAUGAAUCCCUGAGCAAAAAAACAACUCAACAUGCAAAGCCACAAUAUUGUUAAAUAUGUCUGUUUCUCUCCUUCUGUGUUCUUUCACUUUAUUGAUGCUGUGACAAAGUGAGGACAUUCAGUUGCCCAACGACGUCCCCUGUGCUUGACCACUGUGCCCUUACAUGUCUGCUUGGUGAAGGGUGUGGGGGGCAAAGGGAAGGGGCCGAUCUAGGGACUCAGGUACAUGUUGGCCAGGGAGUCUCUCUGUAUUGACCUGCUGAUGAAAGACCUUGUGAUGCUGCAGUGUCGGGGGUUGUUUUCCUCCGCGUUGGUUGUCAAAGAGGGGAUGUUGCAAGGUUUGGGCGGGGAAUCAGAAGGGCUCUGCUCUCCAGGGACAGACACACAGUGGUUGAGGAUGACUCAGAUUACAGGAAGGGAAACAUGGUGUCCAGACCAGCCCAUAUGUUGGGAAUGUCAAUGUUUUCCUUUUUCUGUUACACAACACACUGGAAGGUUGGUCUGAGCCAGAUUCCCAACUAACACCACUCUAAAAACCAACAGCAGCCCACCGUACAGUGCAGCAUUCUCCCUCCCUCCCUCCGUCUGCUGCUCUGGGAAUGGAGCUCAGUGGACUCCUCAUCUCUGCUGGUCCAUUAUGAUUCACAGGGACAAGGGGAACCAGUUCACACCAGUCAGAACUCACUGGCGUUCCAUAGGGUGUUUCUGUCUGUUCCAUGAGCCAUAUGAUACAGUCAAAAUGGAGGACGUCUGUCUGGGUUGUCUUGUUACUAGAUGGUACAUACUAGGACAGGGCUGUUCCUUUCCUGUAGGCCUACAGCCAGUUGUCUUCAGCCAGUUGCCACUGCAGCCAUUGAUUCUCAUGCUGCUGUAGAGCCAUGGAGCCGGGAUGGCGUCUGUGUGUGUCUGGUGUGAGUGGUGAUGAUCAUGCUACUGUAGAGCCAUGGAGCCGGGAUGGCGUCUGUGUGUGUCUGGUGUGAGUGGUGAUGAUCAUGCUACUGUAGAGCCAUGGAGCCGGGAUGGCGUAUGUGUGUGUCUGGUGUGAGUGGUGAUUAUCAUGCUACUGUAGAGCCAUGGAGCCGGGAUGGCGUCUGUGUGUGUCUGGUGUGAGUGGUGAUUAUCAUGCUAAUGUAGAGCCAUGGAGCCGGGAUGGCGUCUGUGUGUGUCUAGUGUGAGUGGUGAUUAUCAUGCUACUGUAGAGCCAUGGAGCCGGGAUGACGUCUGUGUGUGUCUGGUGUGAGUGGUGAUUAUCAUGCUACUGUAGCGCCAUGGAGCCGGGAUGGCGUCUGUGUGUGUCUGGUGUGAGUGGUGAUUAUCAUGCUACUGUAGAGCCAUGGAGCCGGGAUGGCGUCUGUGUGUGUCUGGUAUGAGUGGGAGGCAUGACAUAGAGGUCAGAUGCAGUACUGAGGAGAGGAACCACUUGUAAGUGAUUUGCUAAAAUCGUAAUAAUAACAGAAUUGCACUAUGAAGGAAGGCUGUAAAACAAGAGGAUGAAACUGGUGGGUGGAAACUGGAGAGAACAGAUGUGUCUAAUAUGGCUUUUCAUUCUGUUCUACAUAUUUGUUACGACAAUCUAGUGUGUCUAGAAACAUACAGGCUGCAUAGUUCCAACGCCUUGAUACCUAAGACAGUCGCUCAACUCGCUACUCUUUGAAAAUCUGAGCUUCUCAAAGGUACAAUGUGUGUAAACAAUGCUGUUGAUGAACGCAUCCCUCCGGCUAGCUAACAGUGAUGCUAACGCUUGACCUCUGACCUCCCUGGCCUACUUAAGGACUUAUAGGGUUUAUGGCAGAGAAGAGAGCUAUGCAACAUAGCACGAACACACACAACCACAAUGAGAGAGAGAGAGAGAGAGAGAGAGAGAGAGAGAGAGAGCGGCCAAUGGACUGCGUCGCCCGAUCAAAACAUCCAGUGCGUCUCUCCAGAGCACCCCGCCUUGUUUUAUAGUCAGUAGCUACAUAUGUUAUGUGUUUGCACAGUGCUGUGGAAAUGGUUCGCUCUGGACUGUCAGACAGACAACAAAAACAGUGUUAUGAUUAUGUUGUUAUCAUUGUUUGUGUUUUUUAUUUGUUUAAAAUGCUUUUGUAGGAUGAUUUAAGGCACGCUUUAGAGAAGAAAAUGGCUGUGGCAUUCUAGAACGUUCAGGCUCUUAGAAUGCUCAACUGGAAACUCUGCAUAUUGUAGUGUUACUCUGUUUGUUCAACCAACAACCACAACCCAAUAACAGAAGUCAAAAAUCAUUAAUGUUGAAGUUGGAUAUGGACAUAAAAGAGGGUGAGGUGAGAAAGGUAUGUUAGAAAGAACACAACAGGAAACAUUUAACUGAAUAGGCCAUAAACAAUAUUUUUACUAGUACGUCUAUUAUUGUUGUUGUUAUUUCGUUUUAUCUGGGAUGAAGUACUAUCUUGUGUGAGGCUGAACACAAAACCUAACGUUUGUGCAAUCCUGAAAAGAUUGAUAUGACCGCCGAUGCACUGUACAUACUCUGAGCAGUUUGAAUCAUCCCAAAGGAUGUUGCUGUAUUUUCUUAUUGCGUUGCAUUAUGAUGGAGUCGGAAGUGGCUUUGCUCUGAAGUUCAUCUCUUCUGGACUGUCAAAGUACUUGAGACAUAACCACUUGUGCAAUUAUAACAAUCAGCCUAAUUCAGACAACCAGUGUUCUACAUUGAAUGUUUGCUUUUUUAAGUCAAAACCUAGCCGAGAAUUGUAAUAAAAUGAUUUUUGUAUGUCCAUUCAGAAGAAUACCCUACUGGAAUAUAGGGCUGGUUUUCAUAGGAAAUGCUGAGGUAGGAAGUGAUUGAUCCAAGCGUUGUUUUUAUGGCAGCAAUAAUACCAUCUUCAAGCUAUGCCAAAGAUAAUAUGGCUGUACAAGGAAAUAAAACUAUUCCCAUUGAAAUACUUUGAUAAUGUAAAUAAGGAUGUUUCAUAUUUUCUAGUUGACAAUGUGAAUGUCAGCCUACUUGUUCUGACAACCAUACCACAUGCUUGGUCACACCAACUCCAACCUUAAUAAUCCAUCAAACACCAAGUCAAUUUACCCUCUUCUACAGCUGGCAAUGCAUUCUGGGAUAUAAUAAUAAUAUAAUAUAUGCCAUUUGGCAGACCCCUUUAUCAAAAGCAAUUUACAGUCAUGCAUGCAUCCAUUUUAUGUAUGGGUAGCCCCUGGAAUCGAACCCUCAGGUAUGGCAGUACAAGCACCAUGCUCUACCACCUGAGCCAUACAGGACCAGGAUACAGGAUCUGUGGCCACAAGUUGUGAAAUCCAGCCAAUGUUGGCCACACAUGGUCACACACAAACGCAAAACAUUCAAUCAUGACUGUUUUCUUAUUUCUGUAAGGUGAAAUGUCUUCCUUCGUUUUAUGUAUGACAUGUUAUGUUGUCAUAUUUUCAGUUUCCUUUCCAAUUCUGUUCACCAAAUGUGGGUCUGUCACCAAAACAGUAGCUACCGCAGCCUUAAAUACCAAGAGGAAUGUAGGAAAGUUACUCAGCAACUACAAUGAUUGUCCCCCAGCUAUUUACAAAAUCCUAAUUCUUGUGCAUUAUGGAUGAGAUGAAGAUUGUACCAUAGGAAUACAAUAGCAGAGUACGAGCUAGGUGGAUUACUAGAUGGGAAUGGAGAAGGCAUUGUACACAGACUCAGAGGUUGAAAUCCUGCUCCCUCAGGGUUCCAUUUUAAUAAAUUGUGCUAAACAAAAGAAA